UGUGCCCGCGGGGUCCGCCGGCCGGCGCGGUAGCGGCUCCUAGUGGCGGCGGGCUGGGCCGCUGCCCGCAGCCCGGCAUGGAGGAGGACGAGGGGGCUGCGGGAGGCGCGGAGCAGCGGCGCCCCCGCCGCCGGCCCGGAGUCGAGCGCUCCCCCAGCCCCAGCCGCCUGGACGUGAGCUCCAGCCGCUUCGACCCGCUGCUGGCGCUGUACUCGGCCAGCACGCCGCUGCCCUUCCCCGCCGCGCCCUGCUUCAACAACCUCGCCGAGUACGAGAGCUUCCAGCGCGGCCUGCUCCGCCCGCGCGGCCGUCGCGCCGCUCCUUCCCGCCGCGGCCCGGCCGCCGCCCGCACCGGCCGCCGCGGCCCGCCCGCCGCCGACCCCGAGCGCAUCCAACGUCUCCGCAGCCUCAUGGUUAACGCGGGCCCCGAGCAGGAGGCGGCCGAGGGCGGUGCGGCGGCCCGGCGCCGGCGGGCGCCGCGCAACGUCCUCACCAGGAUGCCCCUCCAUGAAGGCAGCCCACUGGGGGAACUUCAUCGCUGUGUCCGAGAUGGUGUGAAAAUCAAUGUCCAUAUCCGCACUUUCAAAGGGCUUCGUGGAGUCUGCACAGGGUUUUUGGUUGCAUUUGACAAGUUCUGGAAUAUGGCCCUGACAGACGUGGAUGAGACGUACAGGAAACCAGUAAUGGGCAAAGCUUUCUACGCAGAACCUCAGCUCACACUAACCCGGCUGUUUGACAGGCUCAAACUGCAGGAGUCCUCAGUAAAGAAGGGAGCUGACUCAAAGACUGUCUCAGAGGAGCUAGCCCUGACAAAUGACUUUCAGACGCUGGGAUUGAAAGUUGGAUCAGGACGAGGGAGAGCAGAAGAUGAGCGCGAGAGGCAGAAGCGCUUGGGCAGAGCUGCAGAAAAGAAGAUGCCAGGUGACAGUUUGCAUCUGGCUGCCAGAGGUGAAGCUGAUGUGGGUAGCAGGACUGCCCACACAGAGGGUGCCAGUGCUGGUGGUACCCGUGCAAGAAGCCAGUCACGGAGAAAAAGGCGGCCCAAAGUGGAUUAUCAACAGGUGUUCACACGUCACAUAAACCAGAUUUUUAUUCGAGGAGAGAAUGUCUUGCUUGUCCAUUUAGCACAUUGACUUGGCUGAGCCUUUGUCAGUGUAUUUAUUUGGUAGCAUGAAUUGCCGCUGCAGCUCUCAUUGCUAUUUAGUAUUCUCAUUAUCAUGGUACUGUGACUAGUUUCCCAUUGCCAUAAGAAGGUAGGGGAAAUAAUUCUAACUGGAGCAUCCUGAGCUUGAUGCCAAAGCAGCUCCUUAGAUCUCUGUUUGGGGUCUCAGGACAAGGUUAGCAGCACAGUUGUUUCUGUGAGGUGAGGAAGGUAAGCACAGGUCCCACUGCUCCUUAAAAAGAAGCUAAAUGGAGAGGAUUGGAAGAGAAUUUUGGUGUGCUCAGUUAUAGGAGCUAAUUGUGGCAAACAUUUAAGGAGCUUAAGAUUAGAUCUCUACCUGAAAUGAGUCACAAAUGCUAUUUCACAUGCUCUGAGCAGUCUCAAGAGAAGAUUGCUAAUGAAACCAAUGGUUUACCUGCUGUUGUUACAUGGAUGUCUUCUUUUCCAGACAUAAUUCUGACCGUCAUUUUGAGAUCGUCUAUAGAAAGGUGGAGUGACAUACUACUGAUGGCAAUUAGCCUGUUCUUCAUAGUUAGUUCUGUAGUGCCCUGCGUGAUAAAAAAGCUCUCAAUUGAAAACUGCUCUUUUUCUGUGAAUGAUGGCAGGACUUUAAUUUGGUUUCAAUAUCAAAGCUUAGGCUUCUAUAUGUAAUGCUGUGCUUUAGCCCUGUGUCACCAGCAAGCAGCUAAUGUAGCUAAUCCAGGGACCUCCGUAUUUGGAGUUUAUCUGUGAAUGUUGUGGAUACAGAUGGAAAAUUGUACUUUUAUAUUUCACCCAUUCGCUAUUUAGUGUAAUAGUGAAGUUUGCAAAGAUGUAGUUUUUCUUCUCGGAUUUAAGCAUUUGUGCUGAGCACAAUCGUACUGUAUCUAAGCGCCUUUCAAGUUCCCUCUAUUGAAACUAGAGGUGCUGUGUCUCCAGCAGUUCUCAUGGAGCAGAAAUCUUCAUGGGUCUUUCCUAUCCAUAUGAAUGAUGCAUCAUCUAAUUCCAGUUGAACUGAGCUUUGGAGCUGUGCCUAAAGUAUAAGGUCAAACUUGGCUCAUCAGUGUUUUAUUUUAGCAAGGUCCUUAAGCUACUGUAGAUCAGGCCAGGCUUCUGCAGGUAUAAACUGUUUUCCAAGAGCUACAUGCAGAACUUUGAGGGUAAAUGAAGCUGUUACAUUACCUAGUCUGUUCCCCUGGUUGUCAAAGGACACUAGAUUUCACACUGCUUUUCCUGUAUCCAUCUGAACUACCUUUUGCUUUGCAGCAGCUCCGUGUGUUUAAGAUGAAAUUGGGAAAUUGCCAGUGUAAUGGUUAGAUCUGACAAUGGGUGGAACAACUUUUUGGUGCUUUAUAUCAGGUCUUGUAUUGCAUAUUAAGGUCAUUAGUCCUCAGACUGAGUGACUGUACGCUCAAUGCCAUAUAUUUCUGUUGCUGCAAACGCAGCCUACUGCUUGCUUGUCAUUAGGGGUAUGUCUGGUGCUUGGGUGAAUUACAGAACUCAUUUAGCAGGAGUUCCUGGACACACAAAGUAGCUGUAUGCCUCUGGGCGAGCCUGAAACUUUUAUGUCAGCAUUUCAGAUGACAUGGGGCUUGGAUGGCUGAUCUGCUCAGCCACUGAGCUGCAAGCCCAAGUUCAGGCUGGGACAGAACUGCCUCAGAGUAAAAGUACUGUUGACGCAAAUCAGUUUCAUCAAGAGUGGGGAAAAAAAGGACAAAAAAAAAAAGAAUAUCUGCAGUUUCUUAUUAUACAUAGCAUUUUAUUGCUGUAAUCCCUUCCUACUAUGAACUGAGACUAGGCACUGAAAAGAUUCUUCUUUUGAAGGUUCUUGUUUCCCUUUUUCAUCUCCUUUUGUGUUGUUCUCGUUUGUGUUCAUGUGGUCUGCAGUUCUUCCCCCCACCUUCUCCUGUCAGUACUUUGUCUCCUCAGAAUGUUCUAAGCUCUGGUUUAGGAAGAUUGUUCUUGUAUUCAACCCUAGUUGUCCUGGCUUUCUGAACCUUUCCUGGUUGGCUUUCUAUGUGGUUGCCAGCUGAUCAGACUCUCACAAAUGACUAAAAACAUGUGAAGCUAGAAACAAGGGGCUUAUUUCUGCCUUUGGCUUCUCAGCAGCUUUUACUGCAAGUUAUUUUUUCUCCUCUGCUUUCUGACGAGUUUGUUUUUAUUUCUGUUGCUUGGGAUGACUGUCUGCCUCUUCCAUUCGUGCCAAACGCUGCUGGUUUUGACACCUCUCCUCUUUCCUUCAUACUUGACCAAAGGGUAUCAAAUCUCCACUCAGGCCUAUUUACUAUGACAUCUAAUUGAAUUCUUGCUUUUCUUUACCUCAUAUUCUUAAUUCUCUUUGUCUGCCUCGUUUAUACUGCCUCGUGUAUUAAAUAAUAUACAACUACCAUGAAUGUUCUCGUGGCUGUACUGCCCUCUUUCCUGGUCAGUCGACACUUCACCAAGUUCUCAGUUGCUACUAGAAGUCUCAGUGUUUUCUUUUAUCAGAAGUUUUUCUCUGAAACCUUGCAGGUGUUUGUUGCUUCACAUCUACAAGUUUCUUUUUUUAAAUUUUAUGAAAAAUGCUGGUGCUUAGACUUGAGUUUGUGCCUUGAUUUUUUUAUAUCAUCACUGACCUGUUCUUCCAAAAUUAUCACCUCAGUCAACAAACCUGGUUAAGAACUAUACAGUUUGUCCACUUUUUUUUGCUCUACCUCAUUAUUAAACUGUUCCUCCUCUAUUCUCAUUGUUGUCUCACCUGUGAAGUUGGUUAAAAUUCUCUCUUCCAAUUUAGAUUUAAUGGUUUAUUUAGUGGUUCUUCCUCUGUUUCCUACUUCCCUAUCCACUCCUCUCAUUAUUACCAAGCUGCUUCCUAAAUACAGCCUCUUCUACAACUUCAGAUCUUCCAAAGCGUCUUCCUUUUCCCUUUUUCUAACAUUGUAUCUUUUUAAAGGCCAUUAUCAAAAUGCUAUUUUAUGAAUUUUGUCUCUUUGAAGCAUAGCAUUUGUGAUACAGUGAUCCUGUAUGUGUGUUGUCACUUGCAUGUUUAAUACUUCAGAUAAAGUUGCUCUUUAAAUAAAAUCAAAUGUGAUGUUCUGAAAUGAAGUCUUCUACCUCACUUAAGUAUUCAUGUAAAUCUGUUGGGGAAAAAAAAAAGAAAACAACCCUUGGAAACAAAUCAGCUUUUGGUUUUUUUUAAUUAUUUCUGGUUAUUUAUUUCCAUUUUUUCCCCUUUUCCAAACUCAGUAUAAGAUACAGGUUCUUUGUUCCAAAAGCUAUCUGCUCUUAGCCGUUCCUCUUGCUGCUGUGUCACAAAGAUGGUGUGAACAUAAACAUAGAAGUCAUUAUGCUAAAGAAUGAAGAAUAGGAGCAGGAGGCAGUCUUAAGAAACAGAGCGCUAUGUGAGACUGAAAAAGCUUUGAGCCAAAUAUAAAGAACUCUCUGGAAAGGAUCCACGUCCUGGUUGCAGUCUGUCCAGUAUUUCUAGGACAUUGUCCAGCCUGAUGCUCAGCAGUGAGUCCUGAAGCGUGUUUACUGUGAGGUACCAAAUUACUGCAAGGAGCAAAGUUUUCUGAACUACCUUCGAAGAAGUGUUGUGAUAAUUUGAGAAUUUUUUAGAAUAAUUUCUAAAACAGCAGGCAAAUGUGGAAGUUGUGAAAUGUUAUGAUGCCAGCUGCAGAAACGAUGUAAUGCAAUAGUCUUGGAAUGUGAUGUCACAGAUAUAUUUCACGAUGUCGUAUAUAUUUUCAUUGCCAACACAGUUCAGUAGGGAGCCAAGUCUCAUGGUUACUUUAAGAGCGGCAGUUUUGCUUGUACGGUGAUAGAAUUCUAGAGACCUUUGCUGAUAGUCUGAGCGGGGUUUUCAUGGAACCACAGCAUAAACCCUUGCUAUGCUGUGGGGAUGCAGGAGGAACUUCGUAAAUAGGGCUUUGGUGGUAGAAUAGAUACGGGGGGAAAAAAAAAAGACCUUGUAGAAAAUGUGAGUUUAGUUCCUUCUCUCAACCAAUUGGUCCAGCUUGUUAAUUGCCUGAAAGUUUGUUGGGUUUUGUUGGGUUUUUUUUCUGAUCUAGAGACAGGUGCUUAGCAUGUCCUCACCAGGUGAUUACUGAAAUAGUCAGUGAGUACUGUUUGCCAUCUGCUUCUUGUCCUUCAGUGUCUGAAUUGGUUGUUUCUGAUGCAGCUUUCCCUUCUGUAUCAUUUGGAAGCAGGACAAGGUCUCUCAGCAGUAGGCUUGACUGCCCACUGUUAUUUCUCUCUCCCUAUGGAAUGUUACCCUGUCUAGUCUUGCAUCCAGAUAGCCUUUGGCUAUUCUUGAUUUUCAUACUAUUCUCUGCAGACUUUUGGAAUUGUUUGGUCAGAAGAAUUAUUUAUCUUGGAUUGGUUGGAGUAAACUGAUUUUUUUUUUAAUUUUUUUUUCCACUUAUUUUCCUUCCCACAGCGCUAGCUUUUCCUAGUUUGCAGUCACCUACUUGCACCUGUGACUCACUGUCUCCAGGUAAACUUCCUGUCUUUGAUUAAACAGAUCAGAAUUAUAACCACCAUCUUAAACUGAAAGCUCUGUAACUGGAUAAAAUUGGAAGGCACAACACUACACCCUUUCAGAGGCAAUGCAGCAGCAGUAGCAGUGAUGCAGUGAUUCCUUCAGCCAAGCAAGCUCUUUCCUGGGAAGCAGUUGAGUGUUAUGUUGGUGUCUGCCUCAAAGCAUAGCUGCAAAAUACUGCGAAUUGAUAUGAAGAUGUUUUCUCUCCUGCCUGCAUUGCAAAGUGUAAAACAAGAAUGCUAAAGUAUGCGUCUUCUGUGGUCCAGAACCAUUUCGGUUUGUGCUUUUCGCUUCUUGACAUUGGCUUAACAAUUUGAAGUUUGUACUGUAGCAAUCCUAAGACAGUCUUUACUAUAACAUUAUGAAAGGCUAACACUUCCUAGAAAUUAUAUUGAAAAACUAAGGUAUUACAGAAUUUGUGGAGUUCUUAUUGUAAUUGAGGUACUGCAAACCAAAAUUAUCUAUUACUAAGGAUAGUAUCAAGAUGCACAAAUGGAAAUGUACGAAGCCACAAUCGGAAGAAGAGAUGAUAAAGAAAUACUUCCCUUCUAGUGAAGGAAGGUGAUCUUACUAGAGUGAAAUAGUAAUUUCAAAGCUUAUUCUCCCAGUUUGCAGCCUUGAUGGUAGGUGGGCCUGAACAGGCCGAAACUGAAAGUCAAUUAAGCAUGCACAAAAACCAGAGCUGAAAGGGGCACGGCUCAGUUUGCAGACUUGAAAAUCUACAGUCUAACUUUACAAUGGGAGUUUCUAGAGAAUCAACUCCAGUCUACAGUCCUAACGUCUACAGCGUUCGCUCCAUGCAAAGUUUUCUUGGCAUUAUUAUCCUCACCCAGAAGAAGAUGACAAAUACAAGGGUUUGCGAUGCGCUGUCCCGUGUUAUCUUGUAGAAGACAUUGUGGUGUAUGUAGUGGUGAGAUCUGACUAGGUGGACAGAAGAAGAUAGGGACAGCCACUUACAGUAGGAACUCAAGCAGAGAGACCUAAAAAUCUUAGUGAUAUCCUUCUGGCUAAUGAGCUAGAAGCCUAGCAAAGGAGGGUAGAGUCCAAGCUGAGCUUUGUUUUUUGACUUAUCAAAAAUAUUAAUACCCUUGUAGGGUAUACUUGGACUAAAAGGUAAGAAUGCACUCAAGUUUUCAUUUAGAAACUUUAACUUGGUCAGACUUUUUUUCCAGCACUGCCUGUCUCUCACCUUCAGGUAAAUAUUAUUACAGCUGUUUUUUUUAAAAGUACUGCACUGUUCAUGUAGCUGGUAAUGUUCAUUUCAUAUCUAAAAGGUGCUUUUAAGAGCCACUGUCGCUAAAAGGAAACACCCAUUUUCAGGAGAUUACAUGUCUUUUCUUCUACUCUGACUUAUAACCUAAGAUGAAAUUAGCAACAGCUGGAUGUAAGUAAAGCAGUUAAAAUUUGCUGGGAAAGAAAAAACAAUUUUUUAAAAAUCACAGCUUUUUCUGUCAGUUGUCACCAGUGUAUCAGCAGGAAAAAGCAUCGAUUGUUACGUGGUAGAAAUGUUGUGGAGAAAAACCUUGCUAUUUAGUAGCAUCCUUUGCUGCCAUUUUUUUUUACCCAUUAGCAGUCUGGGCAGAAAAAAAAUGAAGCCACUUGGGAAAAGAUAGGCAAGGCAGUCUGAUGGUCCUUCUCCAGGUGGGCACUGCAGGAUCAGUGCACUUGAUGAAGACUCUUCUUGAUGGAAAAAAAAAAUGCGCGUAAUCUACUGUAAGUCUAACACGUACCUCUCUGUACGUUUUCCCAACUAUGGGCUUUCGUGGCAUGCUGAAGUGGGAAAGCAGGCAGAGAAAAAGGAGGAGAGAGGAAUUACUUUACUUGGUGAUGAUCCCUUGAAACAGGAGGUCGUUUUCUAGCUUGUACACUUUGGUGUAAUUUGGCCAGCAUUGGGCAGUUGUGCUGUAUAGGUGAACGGGGGGUACGUGGAGGCAGUUCUCGAGUGCAGCCUCCGUUACGUCGUGAGCGUUUCCCAGUGCGUGAACUGUGCCCCAGGAGUCUCUGCCACACUCCAUCCCCAAUAACUGACACGUUUGAUCCUGCCUCUAAAAUUUUGCAGAGGAAACCCAGUGGGAGUAAAAACAAGCAAGCAAAUUUCUCCCUUUGAGGCAGGGAUGCUGGGAGGCUUGGUUAUCCUCGUUAGCUUCCUGGGGGUGCAGGGGAAGGGACUACUUUACUGGAGGAAUAUCAGAGAUGGCUUGUCUCAUGAUGUUUACAAGUCCUUUUAGAUGUCACUGUAAGUGCUCUUGCUCUUAGCUGGUAGAAGUGAAGGCCUGUCAGGGAAGGAAAACGCCUUCUGAUGUUCCUGGGUAACUAUUUUAUUAGCUGCUAGCUUCAUAGUGUACACUUGGAUGACUUAGCUGAAGAAAAUUAGUACACCUGAGACUUUCAGUCAGUCUUGUAUUCAUUUAGAAUGAAAAGUAGUUUGAUCAGUUUGUGUAAAAACAUAUCCAUCCUUUUUUCCUCUCAAAAGAUCAGUGCUCUCCCUCAGGAAAGAAAUGAAAGCUGCUCCUGCUCCUAUAGCGAUUGCUUCUGAUUUCCAAUGCUUCAGAGCAAAGUGUAGCUGUGUCAUUGUGUCUUCCGUGUGACAGAUAUUCUGAGAUGAGAAAAUGACAGAAGUGCUGGGUGUCUUUAAAACUAAAGUGGGCGUUACGAGGGGAGCAGUUGUGUUGACCUCUUUUCAAAUGGUGCAUGCAUCCACUGUAGUUGCAUGGAUUGGGACUUGUUAACCAAUUAGUCAUCUAUAAAACUUCCCUAAUGGACCACAGAGGAGCAGUGUGACCUCCCAGACUGACGUGGGGUUGGGAGGCAGGUGCUGACAAAUUCUGGUCUCUCUACUGCCACGUAAAUGGCCUUGGCAAGUCACUUCCCUCCCUCUCCCUUAUGCUCCGCAGCCGUAACAUGAUCUAAGAGCAAUCCUUGCCUGUCUCACAGGGAUUUGGGGAAGCGGUGAGUGCUACACAAGUGCUAAGUAUUGUUAUUAAAACUAUAAUAUGUCAGGUAACACAGACACAUAGAUUAUCUGCCCUCUUCAGGCACUUGACUGUUAGCCUUAUGUCUCUGCACAAAAAUGUGCAGGAUAUCAGGUACAAUGAUGCACUUCAGUCUUGAAAUUACUUAUGUCUUGAAGAUCAGAUUUGGUGACUUCAAUAUCUGUACCACAGCUGCAAUACCAUGUUUUGGUCAAAUGGUGAUAAAUGAGAGUGUAACUUGUUUGUAAUUCCUUCUCUGUCUUCCUAAAUAUUUUGUUUCUUAGGAAGCUGAUACUGCUAUGAACAUAUGGAAUAAUACUGAAUUUGCAAUAUUCUGCUUUCCCAGAUAUAAAUAUUUAUAUUUAAAAUUGCUAAGACUGCAAUGCAAUAAAUAUAUCCAUG